AUGCACGGGGUCGAGUUUGCACCCUUGGAGCGCCAACACGGGAGCCAAGUGCUAGCGCUGCUCAGAGGCACGCUCCUGGUGCCAUUGCCACGUCUUCAUCAGCGGCUCGAGGAAGCCUAUGAACGGGAUGCUCGGCUUGGACUUGCUCAGGUGGCGCUCUGUCGACUGGCCGGCAAUGCAGAGAAGGUUGUCGGUGUGCUCCUGGCCCGGGUGGCGACUCGUCGCACGUGUUGUGCCCAGGUGUACAUUGAUGCGGUAGCGGUUGAUGCCGUCUUUCAAGGUCAAGGUAUCGGGAGUCGUCUGCUGCUACGCGUACUGACGCCAUGCUUGCCUGAUGGACUGGAGGUGCGCGAGGUCUUCCUGCACACACCUUUGCAAGCUACAGAGUUGGUUGCGUUUUAUCGCAGCUGUGGUUUCGAAUCCGACGACGAAGUCAUCGACAACUACUAUCCUCGACGAUGGAUGCCGCAAGCACAGGCGCUGGUGCUGCGGUGGCGGCCGCCAACCGCCGCUCAACAUCAACAUGAAGAGCGCAAGGGUCCGCAGGAUGCCGACGUUUCCUGA